AUGUUUUCAAAGUCGAAGCGAUUUCCCGAAGGUAGUAGUGAAAUAAUGAAUGUGCCUUGUAUCACUCAGCUCGUCUCACUUCCUCCCCCUGUUUACUUUUCAGCUGGCAAAGACUACAUACCUGGUCCUGGUGAAUAUGAAGUGUUGAUGGACGACUCUGGUAGACACAAGCGGUAUGGUUUCCUGACUCAAACAAGUCGAUUUUCAGAAGGCCCAGACCCUUCAACCUCUAGUGAAUUCUAUGCCCACAACAAUGAAUCGACAACCACAAGCUUGUCCAUCUCAUCCACUACGAGCUCCAACAGAACAUCAGAUGAAUCCCGUUCUUCGCCUAGAAAAUCAUCCAUCAGUCCUACAGACACAAUCAACCCUUUUGAAAAGUACAGAUAUGCGAUGCAAAAGGAGAUUGAGACCCUGCAGACGAAAGCCAGAAAAAUGGAUGCCACCAUACACACAUUGGAGACUGAGAAGCAAGAUACCAAGGCACUACUGUUAGAUAAAGAUCAGGAACUAGCAGAUCUAAGAUCCAAGAAUGCCAUGCUCCAAAAGACCAUUCAACGUCAAGAGAAGUCAACAAAGGCUGCACAAUUGCAGAAAAAGAUUGAACAAUUAGAAGAAGCAUUACAAAACUCACAAUCAGAACACCAAAGGCAAUUGCAAGAGAAAGAUCAGAUCAUUGAGGCGCUGCGUUUGGAGGUGGAUACACACAAACAAAGCGUGUGCGACCUAGAAAAGGCACAGCAAUCAAGCCAGCAGGAGCACACACUGCUCGAGGCACAACUACAGACCCUGACGGCACAUCUCUCGGAAUCUCAAAGCAAUGCAGCACAACAAGCGCUGCAGCUGUCUGACUUGAACCAUUCAUUAGAGGACAUGACUCGCUCCAUUGCCUCGCUGUCGCAACAGCUCGAGACCCAAAUAACCGACAAUGUCAGCCUUAAACAAGUGAACCAUGAGCUCAUGCUUCGAUUGCAAGCACAACAAGGGCUAGUACAGAAGUUAGAAUCACGCCUAGUGCUUAAAGACGAGGAAAUCGAUGCAUUGUUGAAUACCAUCGAUGAGCGAGAUCGUGCACUGCAGGAAAGUGCAUCAAAGGUGGAGACAUUGGAGCAGAGGUUCAAUGUUUACAGAGAAUAUGUGGAUACAACAGUGGUGCCUCAUUUGCGGGGGCAGACAAAGGCUAUGGAAGACAUGCACAUUCAGGAGCUGAAUGCGCUCUUGACCGAGUUACACGAGGCAAAGCGAUUCAUGAACAAGCAGGCGCAAUCGAUGGAUCUAUUGAAAUCAAGUGUACACUGGAUCACUGUGCAAAAUGCGCAAUUGAAAUCACUGAUUCAGACAAUGCACCAAGAGCACAAAAACCAAUGGGCCAUGAACAAAAAGCACUCUUCUCGACAUGGCAGCAAAAAGGCCUCACUCCAUCCAGAGCAGCAAGAACAAGAACAAGAUAAUGAGAAUGACGAUACAACCUCGUUCUCUAGUAAAUCAAAUGUAUCAAAUUAUCAAGGUAACCUGUCUAAUCACCUUGAUUCCUCCACUAUCGUUUUGAAUGACUCUGGAUUUGGUAUCCUAACUGAAGAAAUUAAAUAG